ACUCGAAGGACUUGCACUUUCCUUGUUAGUUUUCCUCCACUGUUGUCAAUUGUAAGAGACAAAUAAUUUGAAGAGAGACAAAACACCAACAUUACUCUCCGUUAUUACAAAUUACACCGAAAUUAUUUCGUCUAUGUACAGUCUAUAAAAAACAAUUAAAAGUAAAAAAUUAUGAAUUGGCUUAUAAUCUUGUCAUGUAUACUACUUUUCAAGAAAGGAAUGUGUCUUCAAAAUUGUUAUCCAAGCAUAGCAAUUAUUGGAGGUGGUAUUGGUGGUGCAGCAACUUCGCAUUUUCUUACAAAAUUGUUUAAGAAUAAUGUUUACAUCGAUUUAUACGAAGUAAAAACUAUUGGUGGACGUUUGGCUACAAUAAAAAUUGACAAUAAUGAAUUUGAAGCUGGUGGUUCAAUUAUACAUUCUGAAAAUAAAUAUAUGCAAGAAUUUGUUAAACUACUUGGUUUAAAACACAGACCAUCUAAUGAUCAAAGAACAAGUAUUUGGAAUGGCAACGAAAUUAUAUUUGAAGAAAGUGAAUGGAAAGUAUUAUCAUUAGCUAAAUUAAUUUAUAAAUAUGGUAUACAACCAUUUAGUCUUAACAGAUAUGUGACUUCUAUAUUGGAUGACUUUAAAAAAAUAUAUCAUUUACAAGAUGUUGGGAAAACUUUUACAAAUAUUAGUAGUCUUUUAUUAUCUAUGAAUAUUGAUUUUCCAAAUUUGUUACAAAAGUCUAUUAAAGAUAACCUUUUAAAUCUGGGUUAUUCAGAAAAAGUAAUUGAUGAAAUUGUUAAAACAACAUUGGUGGUAAACUAUGGACAAGAUACGAAUAUUCACAGUUUUGUUGGCAUUGUAUCUUUAGCUGGAGCAGGUUUUAAUUUAUGGUCUGUUAAAGGAGGGAACAAAAAGGUACCAAAAUAUUUAAUAUAUAGGAAUAAGUAUGUAAAUGUUAUAGAUUCACAGAGAGUACUUAAAAUUGUGAACGUUCCAAGAACCUAUAUGCCAAAUAUAUAUGAAGUACACUUUUACCAGCAAGGUAAAUCAAAUGUAAUGGUAGGAGCAUAUGAAAUCGUAAUUCUGGCAAUUCCGCUUACACAUGAUCAGGAAUAUCCUAUAACUUUUGAAGGAUUUCCAAAAAACGAUUUUUACAAUCUUGGAAAAUAUCAUAAAACUAUAGCUACAUUUGUUAAAGCAGAUUUAAAACCCCACUACUUUGGUUUACAAGAAGAACUAGAUGCUAUUUUGAGUUGUAAUCCUAAUAAAACAAUAGUUAAUUCCCUAGGAAGAUUAAAUUCCGUAGAAGGAGUAGCAGAAAAUAGUAAAGUUUGGAAAAUAUUUAGCAAUAAACCUCUAACAUCGAAAAUUAUACAAGAAAUGUUUUCAAAUGUCCAGAAUAUAAAACAAAUUACUUGGAAUGCAUAUCCUGAGUAUUCAACAGGAAUCCAUGAAGCAACAUUUAAAUUGCAUAAGAGGCUCUAUCAUGUUAAUGCUAUUGAAUGGAUUGCUAGUGCAAUGGAAAUGAGUGCAAUAAGUGCAAGAAAUGUUGCAUUAUUAGCACAUGAAGAUUAUACUGUAGAAUUUUGUUCUUAAUCUAUACAUUCUUGUUCUAUUUUUUUUAAAUUCUCAUAUAGAUAUAGAUUUAUAUCUAGAUCUCACAAAUUGUUAAUGUUUAUUGUACAUAC